AUGGGAUGUCGUGACCAUGGUUCAAAGUUCUCGUCCUCAUCGAUACCCAACUGUUGCCGCUGGAGACAUCGAAGGUCACUCGACAAGUAUAUCAACGUCAUCACGUUAAAUAUCGCGGUACCUCGUUAUCUCGACCCUACCGUCCUUUCUGCCCCCGUCCGCACUCCCAUUCCCACUGCAUACAGCACCAAACCCGCCCCUAACACGUCAACCGCCUCCACCAAACCGAUUCAUCGACACGCUUUCACCGCCUCUUCCCGUCCUGCAUUGUCUGAAUUUUUUUUUCAUUCGCCUCCCUACCAAACAUUAAGAACACCCCUGCGUCCCCAUAACUCUAGAGAGGGUCCUUUGCCAAAGCGUUUCGACAGCAAUAAGCUCCAGCCGAAGAAGUCGUUUUCUGUCUGUUGCCUACUUUCACCUAUCAGCUCGACGACUUCUUCCCAUCCCACGUCCUGA